UGAGGUAAAGUAUCUUAGCUACUGAUUAGGUACUGAUUCCAUACUAAAUUCUGUACUAAAUAGAAAGAACAUGAAAGGUCAACAAGAACGCUUUUAAUUGCAACAUGUUCAUUUCAACUAAGAAUUCUGCUAGCAAACAAGCUAAUUCUAUUAUGUUGUGUUGACAGGUUUUGAAGCUUUUUAAAUUAUUACACAGAACUCGGCAAGAAGUUUUUAAAAAUGAUACCAGAGCCCUUGAAGCAGCAAGACAAAAGAUAAACGAAGAAUUCAAAAAUAACCAAGAUGAGACAUCUGAAGAGAAAAUAAAUGAGCUUCUGAAAAUAGCUUCGGAUGUUGAAGUGAUUCUCAGAACUUCAGUUAUUCAGGCAGUUCACACAGAUUCCGACAAACUAUUGCUCAUACCCAGGAAAGAUCUGCUACAGGACAACACUCCUUACAUUGAUAAACCGACAAAAAAGCAUGAAUCCUGAGGAAAAUAUGCCCUUCUCCCCAGAAGGUCCCAGUGAUCCUGUUUAUUUUUCAUAAGCCUCCAAGAUGUCAAUAUUGCAUAUCCGUGUGGGUUCUGACAUGGCUUCACUGACCGAGUAAAACAGAAAACUAGUGCCUGCAUUUCCUCACACAGCACACCAGUGCGGUAAGUGCUCCUUUCGUUCAAACUGUUGCCUCUGGCUGCCACGGGCAGGGCAGGCAGCAGCAAAUACAUUGUCAGUAACCCUCUUUCAAUUGCACUGAUGCUCCCUGCAUCGUAGCUAGAAGGCAGCGGGCAAAUUAUGGGAGGUAGAGUGACAGGAAUGGAGUUCUUGCUAUCUGUUGCGGUCUAGUGUCUCCACUACAAAACAAUGUCUCGGUCUGUCGGGGAUGUGCUGUUCAAGGUCUCUUGUGUUGUUUACUUCCCUAAGGAAUGUCUGAUUUCUCAUCCCUCCCUCUGCAGUCUGCCUACAGGCUUCUUUUUUCCAUAAGGAGCAUGAGAGAGGGGUAUGCAAGGGAGAGAAAAGAGAAGGUAGUUGCAGCUGUAAAGAGAAGACAAAACAGAACAUUACCUCAAGCGAAAUGACUAAUUUUUGAGCAGAAAUAAUUAAAUGGACCUGGCAAGAAUGACAAAUUUUACAAGAAUUAAGGUAUGCAUCCCAUGACACAUUGGAAUCGGGGGGGAAUUAAUCUCUCAUCGACCCCUUGCUUUAGGCUAUGGGUGUAGUGUAUUACUGAUUUUAUCCUUCAGAUUGAUUUCAUAGAACUAAGGCCUGGUAGGUCUUCACUCUCUUAGUAGUGAUGUAAAAUAGUAUUGCCUGUUACCAUGCAAUGUAUAUACUAGAAGACUUAGUGAUGUCAACAGUAGAUGGCGGUCUUCUGUAUGAUAUUUGAGGAAACCGCAUGUGGGGGAACUCUUCACGUGACUAUUGCUUCGGUGUUUUUCUGCUGUCUUGUGUUUCAGGUUUUUAUUUUUAACAAGAAUUAACACAUUAAUAGUGCAGAAAUGUCAACUUACAGGAUCAAGCUUGGGAUUUGACAGGCAUUUAUGUGCUUCAUCUUACCUAAAUCUUGAAUACUUGUAAUAAAAAUACAGAAUCAGUCACCUGAAUAGCAUAGACAACUGCUGAAAACAAAGGACAUGAUAAAAAGAAGUUGGUAGAAUUCAGUGGCCUUCAGAAAAAUUCUCCUUGCGCUUCUAUGCAGUAUGUUUAUGGUCUGUGCAUUAACAUUCCAUGUUCCUGCUGUCCUUGUGCAUUCCUGGGCAGCAAGGACAAACUGACGUUUGCAGUGCUGAGAUGAGGAAAAUCAAGUUGAUGAUAGGCAAAAGACUGCUAAUGUAAGAGACUGAGAGGCCUAUUUGUUGCUCUUGUUUCAAUGUGAUCUUAAAUAGGAAUUCAGGGGGUAUCCAGGCAAGGAUAAAUAGGAAGCCAAGCAAGGAACUGAGCCUAAAAGAAUCUCAGAGUUGGUCACUAUCUGGGCCCAGCAGGUGUUUGCUUUCUGCAAAUUUAACUUUCCAACCUUGAAAGACUCUCAAAAACCUGCUUAAUGAGCAGCUGGUAAUUAAAGGCUUCUCUGUGCUAGUUGGUGGUAGUUGGUCUGUUCCUCUUCCCCUUACUCCUUGCUUACCUGUUGGUUCAUGUUCCAGUACCCAGUCAUCUCCCCAGCUUCCAUUUCCAUUUUUGUUUCACUCUGGAUGUGAAUCUAUUCUUUAUACUGUUGGCUUUGUGUUCAUAUAUAUCUUUUUUUUUUUCCUUAAUAAUAAAUAAUAUUAAAAAGACAGGAAGUAUUGUUGCAUUCCCUCUGCAAAGUUUGAAGUGUUAGCUGAAACUGUUUAAAACAUUACAGGGGCUUUCACUUAAUUACUUGGGAUGGGAAAAGGUUGAUUCUUUACAACAGGAACUGUAAUUUUUAAUAGGCUCACAAUAACACAAUUCAAUCACAUUGAACUUUUUCAGGUUUACUGGAACUGCAGAAUUUUAGAGCAGAUGUAUGUGCCUUUCUUCCAGAGUAUGCACCAUCAGUCUUAAAAGAUGAGCCUUAAGGGUAACAGUUCUUUAAACUGUAGUUUAACUGUGUGAAACAAGGUGGCUUUUCUCAUUGAGCAGGGCCAAAUUAACUCCCUUCUCUGUUCCUGUGCACUUUGGUAAAGGAAGUAUUUAGUUGUGAUUUUUACAGGGAAUGCUGUUGUACACUGCAAAGCACCUCCACAAAGAAUUGUUCUGGAAGUAGCUUAGAAGUUAAACGUUUAAUCUGGAAGAGUGGCUUGUACCUUCCCCAAGAUGCCGAGUUCUUGGGCAGUUUUUCAGGUAAUAUGAGAUCAACACGUGUGGCAACUUCAGUGACUAAAUCUAGCAUUAGGAUUUAUUCUUUCUCUUAGAGGUCAUGCCAGCUGAAGGAGCUGAACUGGUCUGAAUGCUGCAUAGCAUCAGUCCGGCUGGUAUCACACUGAACCUGUAAAUAAAGUAAUUUAGCUUCAAGUACUGGCAGUUCUUUACACUUCCUUUACAAAAGGGAAAAAGAAUAUUGGCAAUUGAAAACUAAAAAUAAAGGCUGACCAACUUACAGGAAGAGCUGAGUCCUAGUACUUCCCUGCCUUAGAUAACUCUUUCCAAACUACUUGCCAUAUUUAAUCCUGAACUCUGGAGUUCAGUGGGCUGUCAAAUCUUCGAUCUUUAGCUUUAUGGGAAAUUAAUCACUUAAUGCAAAGGACAAAUUGCAACUUGAAUUCAGUAUUAAGGCUGCUAUUUUAGAGCGACACAGGUUUGAUAUUUUGCUAACUCUAGUAGAAAUUCAGUCAUCAUUGAGUGUAAAAUAUGUGUUGCUUGUAUGGGGUAAAUCUGUGGUGUAGAUAUCCAGAUCCCCAAUUCUCUUGAAAGGCUUCCCUAGUGAAGCUUUUAUGAUAGCUUUAUUCAGUUUUUUAGAAGUUUGUCUUGCCUGUGACUUCUUUUUUUUCUGCCAGCAAGAAUAAAUCUGAGGACAGGAAAAGAGAGGAACAGCACAUCUUCACACUUUGAUAAAUAGCAGUAAGUUUAAAUAAUUUGCUCUUUUUAGAAGCACAUAUUUCCAUUUAGUUAGCACUUCAAUAAUCUGGUAUGCAUCAGACGGAGGAGUAAAAGCAUCUACUUUUCAAAUUAUGCGUUCCUUUUUCUCACAGUAUGUGCCUCAGCUUCUCCUCUCAUCUCCCCGAAAGGCUAUGGCUUGAGUCCAGGAUUAGUCAGGAUUAAAUAAACAGCCAGUGAAACUACAGUCUGUAGAACCUGGAAGGAAGGAUGGUGUUCUCUGUGUUAGGCCAUAAAAAUGGGAACAGUUCCACCACUUCACCUGCAGCCCUGUUCUCUGAGGUCGGUGGCCAUGUGCAAAGGUUGAUGCAGCUGCCCCCAAACUGCCCCUUUCCAGCUGAAACCGUAGCUGAGCAUGGGAAUCUUGCCAUUCUGCUCUCUGUGCAGUAGAAUUGCUGUAGUGAAAACAAGCAGGCAGUGACCCAUGCCACGCUCUGCACUUUUUCCAGUCCAUUUGUAAAGGAAAAAAUGAGAAGGUCGUUGCAAUGCUUCCUUCCCUUCCUAAGUGCGUAUUUAAGAUAAAAAUCUGUGGUCCAUUGCUGUCCACCUGCAGGUGAGCCAGCACUGAUGUUUCUGUGUAGAUCUUCAUCAGUCCAUUCAUACAUUUUCUGUUUGGGAGGGCUGCUUUCCUCUGCCUCAGAUUUCCUCCCGACCUGAAGUCAGUUUCUUGGAGGGUUUUUGGAGACUCAGCACAAACUCUGCCCAUGAAAACAAGUGCAUUUAAGGAAAAGGAACAAAUCUGUCCUUUUCACAGUUAGGUUUGUCUAGCUAUGCCACAACACAAAGAGUGUGGCUGUCAGGCUGUAAUUCCUUUGGAUGUGAUUUCAAAGGCUACAUAUAUAGGAAACUUUCUGUAGCAAUUUGACCAACAUGUUAUACUGGAUCAGCAGGGAAGAGACCUCCUAUAUAACAAUGUAGUACUGAGGAAGGGCAAAGAAGGAAUUCUUACCUAGCUGGAAACAGCCUCUGAAGAAAUUUCCUUUUAAUGUUAAGAACAUGCCAGAUUUUUUUGGUCACUAGUAUUUAAUUAUGCAUGUGGUUUCCUCAGUAAAUUUCCUCUGAACAUGCUUUGUGGAAAUACAAAGUGGUCUGCAGUGGACCCUGCAGUGUUGUCCGACAGUGGCUGAGGUGAGGCUGGCUCCUGUCAAACCAAUAAAUUAAAUGCAAAAUGAAUGAGCAUAUGAAGGAGGAUGAGAGCAUUAAAAUUCAUCGAAGGAAGAGCAGAUGGAAUAAAGGAAUAUCAAGGACAAAUUUUGCACCAGUGAAACAAAAAUGUCAAUGUACUAAAUGGUUCUUUAAACAAUUUUCCACUAUAAAUAAAUGUCAGAUUUUCAUUGUUUAAUUAUAGUCUGCAGUGCAGACUGGAUGUGAAGGGAAGACUGAUUAUACGUGGACUGAAGAGGAACAGAGAUAUAAUAAAGGCAAAGAAUUUAUUUAAUUUGCACUUGAUUAUGUUUCAUUGCAGUCAUAAUUAGGACUGCAGCAUGUGCAGAAAGCAACUUCUUUGAAAAGAAGGAUUUAGGGUCAAUUAUCUGUUUUGCAGCCAUUUUUCUGUAUAAUACUGCCUAAGUUUUUGCUUUAUUUCAGUUGCAUUCAGUGGGAAUUAGAUAACUACAUACUCAGCUGCAAUCACUUGCAGAGACUUCUGCCUAUAUUUUUAUUCUCGAUGGAGAAUGAAGGAAAAUAAUUUCCCCUAUAAGGGAACUGCAAACCUCUUAAAUGUUAUAAUGAGGAGGAUCACACAAGAACUUCAGAUGUACCCAUACUACUUUCUGGCAACACUGUAGAUAUGCACACUUUAGGUAGUGAGCUCACAGCUUCCCACAAUUUCAUCAACAUAUGGAAUUAAAUAGCUAAUAAGUGUGUUAGGUAAGAGAAAAUGAAACAUGGCAACUUACUGUUGGACUAACAAUACAAAUACUUUUUAAAAAAAGAAAAGAAGAAAGGACUUCAGAGGCUGUGAGGUUCAUUUUACAAUGCUGUUACUGUGUGUUUAGAGAGGAAGCCACGGAGAAAGGCCUCAGGCAGGCAGAACUGUGGCAGGCAUGCUCCUCGGUGCUGCUUUGCUUUAGCGACUGUGUGAAACACAAAGUCCAGGGGAUUUAUGACUCCAAGGACAAAAGACCUGGGGCAGGUAAAGGGUGCAUUACCUGCCUUUGUCAGAUGGGAAACGUAUGUUAUGAUGCGCUGGUUACAUCAAAUGAUGAAUCACACUUCAGAGCAUGCUGCUAGACAUACAUCCCAUUCCCCUGCAACAGAUUCGUAGUUUGAAAUUCUGCUCUAAGAUGCAUGUUGGCAUUUCUUUCAGUGACUUUUAAACCAUGUUUCAAUGAAUGUUUGAAACUACAAACACUUAAAAUGGGGAAAAAGCAUGUAAUGCUGGCACAUGCAUUCCAUCACCAUUUCAGGGCAGAAGACCCCAAAUAUGCACGAACAGUGCAAAAAAACCCCAAACCACCAAACUAGGGAACAAAGUGUACAACAUUGUUUCUGUAAUCAAGACAUCCAGUAAAGCUUGCUGCAGAUUUCAUCACCUUGUUCUUGUACAGUUCCAUUUAUUUAAAACUUAAUUUUCUGGCAGAUGAAGCAGUUACCUAAGUAAUUUAUUCAAAUAUACGGUAACUCAACCCGCAGAAGUUAAGUCAAGUGAUCUCUCAGGGAUUUCUCCGAAGUGCCAUUUCCCCUAAUCCAUCUUAAAGAAAGAAAAUAAAUAGGGAAAGCUGGAAUUAUGAAGAAACAAAAAAAGUACAAAAGCAUCUGAACUGCCUGUAACAUCUGGCAUGGUUUUGAAAGUAAAAUCCUAUUGAAUCUUAGAAAAACAACCUUUUUGGAAGUAAUGGGAUUCUGUAAUUUUAGCAAGAAGAAAAGAAAUACUAAAUAUUUUGUUAUUUUACGGAUUAUUUAGAGUACUGUUUCAUAUUUGGAAAUUGCUAAGGGUUACUAAACAGGUGCAAAAAGCUACCAUAAUAUUAAUUAAAACAGAUCAAGAAAGAAUGUUUUAUAUCCAUUCCAGUUUGAAAUUAGGAAUAACUAAACAUUAGAUUAGUUAAACAGUAAUCUCCAAGGAAGUAUCCAUGUACAUAAGAUAAUGAAGAGGAAUGAGCUGUAGUUCUGGGUGGUGUAAAAUAGCAUGCUGUCACAAUAUGGCCACACUUUGAAUGUAUGCCCUCAUAAGGUAAGGUAAGGCUGGGAUGGUUCGUCAGCCUAUAACUGGGGAUAAGAGGACAUGGGGAAAAUACAGGCUGGGGACCAAGAAAAGCAUGAAGUGCAGCUCUCACUGAUGCUGGUUAGACUCUGUUCAGUAUCUUCUCUCAGCAAAGUCCUACCUCCAGGGAAGGGGACCCCCUUUUUGCCAGGAUAUUUGGAGUCUCACCUCCCACAAUGCUAAAGCACAUGCAGUAGACACAUUAGAAUGAGUAAGAACGAGGACUCAGCUGGGUACUGGAAAAAUAAUGAGUUGUACCAGUUAUAUUAUAUGCAUGUUAAAGUAAUUCAGAAGCAAUGUGUUCAACCACAUUGAAGGCAGCAGAAGCUCAGAGGGAAGAUGCUUCAGCCUCCACCAUUGCUUACCAGAAAAUUAGGAGACAAGGGAAGAGGGAGUACAAAAAAAAACCCGUGCUGCACGUGGUUCGGUGGAAGCACACCCCUCUGUAAUACCCCCCUGUAUCUCAUGGUCUCUACAGCAGGAAGUUUUCUUGCAGUGUGACUUAAGAUGAAAAUUGUGUGAGCUGCUAGGCUUCUUCUUUUUUUUUUUCUCUUAAUAGUUUGUGUAUGAAAAUUGAGCAUUUGACUUCCCUUCAGGAACCCUGUGCAGAGCCAGUUCCACACAUGUUGCAAAGUACUCACUGUUAACACUGUAUUAGCAUGGGUUAUUUAAUCCUUUACCCAGCAGAUGGAUUCUGAGUAUUCUACCUUUGGAAAAAAGGGUAGUAUUCAGCUAGAAAUAAAUAUGCAGCUAGAAAACAUUUGCAGGGACUCUGCUGAUAUUUCCACCAAGUUAAAUGUGAGGAAACUCAAUACCACUUGAAUCAGUGGAAGCACUCCGCAUAUUCGGGUUCCUUUAGCAGCUAUUCCAGGGUUGUGAGAGGAUUUCUUGCAAGUCUGAAGUUCUCUUUCUGCUUACCUACAUAGCGUUGGCCCACAGUGAACUCUAACAUGGGUACAAUAAUUAGGUACAAUUUCUGCCUAGGUGCAGAAAAAUGUCUUUUUUCUCUGUCUUUUUCUUUCUGUUGGCCACCAUCUGUCUUGGUCUUCUUCCCUCAAGACUUUUGUUGUUCUGUUGCUGUCUGAGAACCAUAAUGCUCUUUUUUUUGUCAACAUACAGGGACAGAUGCUAACAGCUGCAAUCUCAGCUGAUUCUUUUUGAGAGGUUGAUGGUGCUUUCUGUCCCGGCUGACCUGCAAGAAGAGUUAACAGCAGCAUGUUCUGUGCCAGACAGCUGCAUAUGCAACAUGUAAAUCAUAGUGGAUAUCCUGAGUCCAUUAAAACCAGAAAGGCCAGCGCUUCUUGUUGCCUUAUCUUUAACCAUCAAUCUCACAACAAGCAAGUGGAAUGGCGCUGUAUGGAAAUAUAGGUUUAAAACCCCUGGGUGUGUAGCUCUCACCCACACCAUUACUGCUGCAGCAAUGGAAGAGGACUCUCAGUAAGGAGUGUCCUCCCUCCUUAAAGCAUGACUUCAUAUGAAAAUUCCAGCUCUGGCACAGGAUUUGAUCUGGUCAGCAUUUGGGCAAAUACUGCUUAUAUAAACAGCCCGAUUAAAUGCAGUGCCUAAAGGCUUGCAGAACUGGCAGCAUGCUUUAUAAUGCGUUUGCCAAGGAAAUAAGGAACUUGCGAGUAAGUAUUUCCUGCCUUGUGCACAGAAGCCAUCUCAUUGAAUUCAUCUCUUUGCGUAAAGCAAGCAGGAUGUGGCAUAACCUUCAAAGUGUGCCAAGCUCUUGUUUGCACUGGGUGCCUUUGGAUAAGUAGUACCCUAAAAGCAAUACAGAAAUCAAUAGAAAGAAUGUGUAACCGCUCAUUUAACUUCUGGAGCCAUUUUACAUUUUUACCCUCGAGAAUAUCUAUAUAGAUCUUCACCAUGGUGAUUGAUUUCUUUUCAAAGAAAGUAGCUCUGUGGCUCAUCUCUUGCAUGUUCUAUCUCUACUGACAUUGUGGCUGUUAUCUAAGAAGUGUAUCUAGUACAGUUAGCGCUCUGUGUGUGUGUGUGCUUGUGCACACACAUGUAGGAUGGUAACAGUCCAAAAAGAUACAGUCACAGAACAGCUGCAGAGAGCACCAGCAAACCCUUCUUCAGACCUUCUAACCUGCACUUGCACAUGGCAUUUUGGUACGGAGCAAAGGCUUGCACUAACGAGCGCUUGCACAGGUCUGCAGCUGUGAGCAUGCUGCUUCAGAAAGCCAGGUUACACGCUGCAUCAAGUGUUCUGAUGUCCUUGGUUUGUAAUGCUCAUCUUGAUGCCUUUACGUAUGGUACAUCAAUGCUUUAACAGAUAUUACGUGACUUAAGGAGUAAUUUGAACAGCGCGUGUGAUUUUUUUUAACAGUACAUUUGACAUAAUAAAGUAUUCUCGUUUCUGUCCAUCUGUGUACCUGAACAUUCUCAGGUAACUUUAGAUGAGCACAAACACAUCAAACACAAACACUGACACACAGGUGUUUUAUGGCUUUUGUCUGUGCUCAAGGCUCAUUUACAGUAUGUAAUAACGUGUCCUUGCAGGAAAGACUGGAAAACUAGAGACCUGAAUGGAGAACUGAUCCUUGGCAUUCUGGUUAAAAACCUGACUCCAUAUUUUAGAAUUGCUUUCUCAGAGCUCCAGGUGGCAGACAGUAUUCUGGCCAACUUCCAGCGGACCUUAAGGAGCCCGACCUCCUAUCUCAUGGAUGAAAGUGGGUGAGGAUGGCUCCUGCAAGUGGGGCAGUCCCUGGGGCACUGCUUGGAGAAGUGCGUGGCACAGGAGCGGGGAGGGCUGGUUGUGCCUGCAGCUCAGCCCACAGCUGCUAUUACUGGCAUUUAGGACUGUGUUGUGCUGGAAUUGGCAGUGCUGCACUUUCAGUAUCCUAGCCUCCCUGGCACAGUCAUCCUCAGCCCCCACACUAGUCAAGUUUCAAUAUCCCAAAUAUUGCUGCUGCCUUAAUAGCCUCUCCCAUAAUCGAGCAGGCAGGAGUAGGUCCUCCCAACAUCAUCUAGCACCUUGGUCACUAGAGCAUGGUAGAGGCAAGAGGGCUGCAGGCUGGUCCCCAGCCCUGUUAAACAGGGGUGGUUAGCAACGCCCAGCCCUCUGCACAGCAGCUCUCAGUGUCUGAGCACAAGCAGAGGGAGGUAGGUACUGGGGGAAGACAUGUGAGAUGACGGGGGUUUAUGGGAGACAGGCUUCGCCCCAGCAUGAAGAGCUGGGUAAGGCAAAAUUGCGGAAGAUUUCUGAAAAGAUCAGAAUGCUUCCCAACGUCUCCCUCCAGACCCCUAGAA